AUGACAACCAGUUCCAACCGAAGCCAGGAGUCUGACAAUGAUCCAAGCCAUGUGUAUUUUGCCGAGGACUUGUCAUACUGGACAGGCCGAUAUAUGUCGCUUUGUGACCGUUUUCAUAUGAACGAGCUCAACAGACCACCUCCAUCGCCCUCGGAAUCCACGGGAAAGAAGAUUGAUCGCCUCUUCGAGAACAUUGAGAAAGUGCGGAUGAACAGCGUGCUCAAUGAACUGAGAACGCAUUGCAAGACCGAAGAGGCCUUGGAGAGCUUUGAGGACUUCGAGAAUAUCCUUCUCAGAAAACUGGGGAUAUUACGCCAGAGCCUGCGUCGAGUCGGGAGCCUCGCAUUCGCAGGAAAGGAGGUUGAAAGAAGGUCGGAAACAUCUGCGUCAAACGGAUUUAAGCCGUUUUUGUUGAAUACGACAGCUUCUCCUGGGAAUGCAUCGACGCCGACGAGUCGAAUAUCGAGCGUAAACGCUGAAGCCGUGCUUACCGAACCGUCCAAGACCUUUUACGGCGGCGGCAAUAUGGCCAAAAGCAAGACGACCGGCAACCUGGCAUCUCUCACCCCCCUCAUACCAAAGCGGCAGUAUGUUAUUGCGAACCACUCUCGGCCAAAGUCAAAUACUGCUCAGCCCGCCUCGCACCGGCGGAGAACAUCCUACUUCGACUGUUCCCCCGAAACUCGAGCAAAGGCGAUGAAAGAGCGAGAGGAUCGUGCCUUUCGCAGAGCAGCUGAGGCGCAUCGACGCUCGAACUCACAGAUUCCACUCAUGGGCGUGGUCAAGAGUCGCGGGCAGAGCAAAGACCCAGCGUCAUCCUCUGACGCUGUGACAAUCUCAGGGUCGAUCCCACCCCGAUUCAGCUCUUCCUGCUCCAAAGUGGAGGCCGCAGAAGCAGUGACAGGUUCCCUGAGUGCAGCCAUGCUUGAAAGUGGACAUGUUCGUCCACCACCAAUUGCUGUGAGUAGAGCCUCGCCGUCGCGAGUGCAAUUGGUCGAGCUACCUGGAGGUGGGAAAGAGAAGGUCGUCAAAUCACGCCGUAAGUCCGAGAGACAGAUCAGCGGGGAACGGGUCAAGACCCUGUUUGGAGCCAGCAUGCGAGAGGUCAGGAGGAUGGGCCGUCGUGUCAGUGGGAUAGGCUGGCCUGGAAGUAGCGACGAUUUGACAUCGCCCAGGAGUGGGAGCAAGUGA